UGUGUAGGGACUUUAUAUGUUUUGACUCUUUUAGAGAAUCUGAAACUAAAAAGCUUGAAGUAGAUUCGCGUUUUGAAAUUGUUGAAAGGAUGAUAUUAUCUCAAUAAUUGCAGAAAUUGAGAAACUCAGGAAUGUGAAAUUGAUCGUUUCUUAGACGCAACUAAGGAAGCUGAAAGACCGGAGAACGUAGCACUCUAGAUAUGACUGUAACCACUUAGUUUAAAGACCCCAAAACAUCAUGUCGAUGCAUGGCUAUCAGGACGUGUGUAGCACCGCCAUUCGACGUCAAAAUACGCAACUACUGGUUGACCGUAAAUUGACUAUUGUUCCUAAAACGCCUCGAAGGCGCAGGAAAGAAAGGGCGCCAAUAGUAGAAUUAUUGCCGUUCAGGAGGAAGGUUUGGAAACGAGAAAAAUCAUUUGCUUAUAACGCACAUGUUGAUACUGUGAAAGAUGCGCCCCGUAUAACUGAUGAAGUUGACGUGGAAACAGAACCUGCGUACGUAGAACCACGAAUACAGACGCUGACACCUCGGGUGAGUGACCACAUAGUGCCGUCACGUCAAAAAGGAUCUUCCACGAAGAAAAUUGGCCCGUCAUCUUCUGUAUCCUCGCUUUCUGAAACUCCCAGAAUCCCUAGGUCAUCGACUGAGCUAUCGUUUCCAUCAUUCCCCGACGGGUUUGUGACUAUAGGAACCAGGCAAAGGUCGACCUUAGAAGAAAUACACGAGCGCGAUAGGAAGCCAUCGGAUACGAGUAAAGAAAAGGACACGGCGUCCUAUGAUAGCAUCAAAGAUGCAAUCGACCAGGAAUCUAGUAAUGCUACAAACAAAGUCAAGGAUAAUGAUAAUGUCUUGCGUGAAAAGAAAGAAAGGAACUUGUCACCACGACGGUUGACUGGCCACGCCGAUUCGAUCACCGAAGCGUCGAUCACAGUGGAUGGAGCGAGCAUUCAAGAAUGGCGAAUCCCGCCAGAUAUACAGUUCCCCGAAUACCAACAUUAUAAUUUUUCUAGACCAUAUUUAUCCGAAGAUAAUUAUACUAUUGAUUCAGUUUCUAAAGUUCGCCCAAGUACGGACAAUCGGCAUUUGACGACUCCGCAUGAAAAGUACACAUUUGAUCGAGCAAUGACUCUUCCAUCGAUAAACAUUCGAAACGCCCCUCUUAAGACACGACAGAAACGCAACGAAACAUCAAGAAAGGACGUCAGUAAAUCUGAUAGCACAUGGUCGUAUCAUGUACGCCACGAAGUGCCAAACACUCUGCAAUACAUGGAAUCCAAGGGCAGGCCCAUGGGAUUAGAAAAACAACUCUCUAUGGAUUUAAGCAUCACGUUGGAUAAUAUUCGACGGAAUAAAUCAUACAAUGGAACUACGCAAAUGCCAUUUAUCCUCGGGAGUCCACAAAGAGGGUAUUUAAGAGCGCACGGGCCCCCUACUCGAGGUGAAAAACGCAUUGAAGACGCAAGAAAGCCCAAUCAUUCGCAGCAGGCGGGGGUUAUCAAGAUACCAUUAAUUAAUCCCCGCCACGCUCCACCAAUUAGAUUACAGUACACGGAAAAGCAGAAUAUAUUCAAAAUCCCCAAAUCAGAGAGUAAGGACUCUGGCAUUGAUAGCAUAGAACAUCAUUACAAUCCAAGACAGCUUGAUAAAACAAUUGAUCACUUUAAAAUGUAGAUGACGUUUUAACUGAACAUGAAAUACCUCAUAUAACUUCUGUUGAUACACAUGAAGAUAGUGUCGCGUUGAAAAAUGAACUAAGGACACUCUUUACCGAUCUCAAGGUCAAAGUAAAUGACAUAAUGAAUGAUAAUUCUGGCAAUAUAGCGCAACAUCAAUGAAAAUUGUUCUUGAUCGCCUAACGAGUUUUACGAAUCCACAAGGCCCACAACAAUUGAGCACGAGGGCCAGGAAUAAAACAUGUAAGACAUGGAUUAAAUUAUGGAUGUAUGCUAUAAUACUAGAUGCGUGUUUUAAUAUUUUAUUGCUGAAUUCCCGGGCCUCAGUUUGAAACAUCAUUUUUUAAGACUAGAGGAGAAAAUAAUUUAAAUCCAGAAAUGCAUUAAAAUGUUUACAUAAUAAGGUUUCGUAAUUCCGAUUAAAAUGAUACAAUUUUGAGAUAACCCAACAAUCUUCAUGUCGUCAUUCGACCACCAUUUGUCAUACUUUCAGGUCGUUCGUCUGUCCAGCAGACUAUGAAUUCAGCAC